AUGAUUACAUGGUUUCUCGAUGGCUCUGAACUCGACAUUAGAAAACAAGAGGCACACACUCUCCACAAAGCACUGUGGGACGAAUACGUUGUCGACAGGAAUACAAUCGUUAGUUAUUUGAAUAUAACUGUUUCGUCCGUUUUUGACGCCGGACUCUACGAGUGUGUCCUCACAAAUAAAGCCGGAAAUAAUCGACACUCGGCUCACAUCAGAGUCAAAGGGCCCACAAAUAUCAGACAAAUGCACACCAGAAACUUCACUGCCAUGAAUGACAUCACACUUAACUGUCCGGUGGUCGGCGAUAAGCCCAAGAUUAUUGAAUGGCAUAAG